ACCACCACCACGGUCCCGGUGCUGAUCGACCGGCCGUCCAAAUAUCUCCUCCUCCGCAGCUUCCCGGAAGCUUCUCCCCCGAGAUGGGGUCGCCGUCAUCAUCCUCUCGAUCGUACCGUCCUAUCCAUCACCAUCCGUCCCUCCCUCCCCGCUUUAUACAAGACGCCAGCCACGGCUCGGCUUCCUGCGCCUCGUCGACGCAGAAACAACGACGUACGGCAGCAACAGUUGUUCUUGUUCAUCAACAGGCCGAUCGCUUGGUCGUGGGAGAGCAUGGCGGCGGACGACGGCGCGGGGGCGUACGAGGACCUGCUGCCGGUGAUGGCGGGGCGGCUGGGCACGGCGGGUCUGCUGUCGGAGCUGCGGGCGGGGUUCCGGCUGCUGGCCGACCCGGCGCGGGGCGCCAUCACGGCCGAGAGCCUGCGGCGGAGCGCGGGGGCCGUGCUGGGCGUGCCGGGGAUGACGGCCGAGGAGGCGCGGGCGAUGGUGGGCGAGGGCGACCACGACGGCGACGGCGCGCUCAGCGAGCACGAGUUCUGCGUGCUCAUGGUGCGCCUCAGCCCCGGCAUCAUGGCCGACGCCGAGGGAUGGCUCGAGGAGGCCAUCGCCGACGAGCUGCUCCCCCCGCCGCCGCCGCCCCCCGCGCCGGCCGCCUGAUUGCUACGUACCACGUACUAGAGUACUUGCGUCGCUACUGACUUGUAUGCUUGCUGUAUCACCGCCGUAUAGUCGCCGUUGCUUGAGUGUUGGUACGUACAUGGUGAUGCUCUUUGAGCUUUGCUUUAUUUAUU